AUGACUGGAUUCAAAGAUCGAAUAAAGCGCUUCUUCGGAGAAGAUGCCUUCGAAUGGUUCUCAAAACACUACAUCGUCGACUGGAUAACCGUCGCCAUUAUAUGGGCCAUUGCCUUUUAUACCAAAACCAUAACAGUAACUAUACGGGAUUUCUCACCGACAGAUCCGUUAAUCCAGUUCGAGCAUCGGAAGAACCAAGUAUCCUCUCCUUUCAAUCAAUUCGUCGCCCUACUGGCUCCAUCGGCGGUGGUCUUUGCUGUUGCAGUGCUUAAACGCUCUCUAAUGGACCUGCAUCACGGUAUCGUUGGGCUUCUGGUCACUCGGGGGCUCACUGCUGCUAUCAUACGUUUCAUGAAAAAUAGGAUAGGUCGACUUCGUCCCGAUUUCAUGUCCCGUUGUCAAUGGGACGAACUUUUGAAGAAGUGCACUGGGAAGGAAAAGGACAUCACGGAAGGACGCAGGUCCUUCCCUUCCGGUCACUCUGCCACUGCCUGGUCCGGGAUGUUCUACUUGUCCUUGUUUCUUGCAGGGCAAACCGCGGCUUGGUGCUUCUCGUCAAACAGACUUGCUCCGCGAUUGUUGUCCAGCAGAGUUCUACGCUUCGGGAUCACCCUUGUUCCUCUCAUCUGGGCAUCUCACGUUGGGCUGAGCAGAAUGGAAGACAACAGGCAUCACAAGGAAGACGUUAUCGUCGGAACCUUCAUCGGAAUCCUAGUAGCCACCAUUUGCUACUCCAUGUUCUGGCCCAAUCCACUCUCCACCAAAUCUUUCGCUGUCGAGCGAUUCGGUCAACCACGAUACCUUUACGACACAGAAGCCCCCUCUCGAGAUGACCGAUUCCAGUUCGAACUUGCCCCAAGAGAAGACCACGAACAUUCGAAUGCAGUGUAG